GGAAGUGCCCGAGAGCGCGGCGGCGGGGCGGCGGGGCUGCGCGGAGGCGCCGGCGCGCCGCGGGCCGAGGGAGCGGGAAGCCGCCGGCCUCCUGGGCUGCCCCGGGCUUCUCGCCGGUACCGCCGCGGUCGGGCUCCCGGGGAGGGCGGGCGCGGGGCCCCUGCGGGCCUCCGACCGAGUGUCGUUGCAGAGCCGCCCCCAUGCUGCGCUUCCCGACCUGCUUCCCGUCCUUCCGGGUGGUGGGAGAGAAGCAGCUGCCGCAGGAGGUCGUGUUCCUGGUCUGGUCCCCCAAGCGGGACCUCAUCGCUCUGGCCAACACCGCGGGCGAGGUUUUACUUCAUCGACUUGCAAGUUUUCAUCGAGUUUGGAGUUUUCCACCAAAUGAAAAUACAGGAAAGGAAGUGACCUGCCUAGCUUGGAGACCAGAUGGCAAACUUUUGGCCUUUGCUCUUGCUGACACCAAGAAAAUUGUUUUGUGUGAUGUGGAAAAACCUGAAAGCUUGCACUCCUUUUCUGUGGAGGCCCCAGUUUCUUGUAUGCAUUGGAUGGAGGUGACGGCAGAAAGCAGUGUUCUAACAUCCUUUUAUAAUGCUGAAGAUGAAUCAAAUCUUCUCUUACCUAAAUUACCUACAUUGCCAAAAAAUGAAGAAAAUUCUGAUGAAAUUAUUAAGCUUUUGGGAGAUGUCAGGCUUAAUAUUCUUGUCCUUGGAGGAAGCUCUGGUUUUAUUGAACUUUAUGCUUAUGGAAUGUUCAAAAUUGCCCGAGUCACAGGGAUUGUUGGUACUUGUCUUGCAUUGUGUUUAUCAAGUGAUUUGAAAUCAUUAUCCGUAGUCACAGAGGUCUCUGCCACUGGUGUUUCAGAAGUUUCAUACUUUCAGCUUGAAACCAAUCUAUUGUACUCUUUCUUACCUGAAGUAACUCGGAUGGCCAGAAAGUUUACUCACAUUUCAGCUCUUUUGCAGUAUGUGAAUUUGUCACUAACAUGUAUGUGUGAAGCCUGGGAAGAAAUACUGAUGCAGAUGGAUUCUCGUCUCACCAAGUUUGUGCAGGAAAAGAACACAACCACAUCAGUGCAAGAUGAAUUCAUGCACUUGCUGUUGUGGGGGAAAGCUAGUGCUGAACUUCAGACCCUCUUAAUGAACCAGUUAACAGUGAAGGGCUUAAAAAAGCUUGGCCAGUCUAUAGAGUCCUCAUAUUCCAGUAUACAAAAAUUGGUUAUAAGUCACUUACAGAGCGGCUCGGAGUCUUUAUUGUACCAUCUGAGUGAACUGAAAGGAAUGGCUUCGUGGAAGCAAAAAUAUGAACCUCUUGGAUUAGAUGCUGCGGGCAUUGAAGAUGCUAUUACUGCCGUGGGCUCUUUCAUACUCAAGGCAAAUGAACUUCUGCAAGUUAUAGAUAGCAGUAUGAAAAACUUCAAAGCAUUUUUUCGGUGGCUCUAUGUGGCAAUGUUGAGAAUGACAGAAGACCAUGUGAUUCCAGAGCUGAAUAAGAUGACUCAAAAAGAUAUCACUUUUGUUGCUGAAUUUCUUACUGAACAUUUCAAUGAGGCUCCAGACCUUUAUAAUCGAAAAGGAAAAUACUUUAAUGUUGAAAAAGUUGGUCAGUAUUUAAAAGAUGAAGAUGAUGACCUGGUGUCACCCCCUAACACAGAAGGAAACCAGUGGUAUGACUUCCUUCAGAACAGCAGCCACCUGAAAGAAAGCCCUUUGCUGUUUCCCUAUUAUCCUCGAAAGUCAUUGCAUUUUGUGAAAAGGCGGAUGGAGAACAUUAUUGAUCAAUGUUUGCAAAAGCCAGCAGAUGUAAUUGGAAAAUCAAUGAAUCAAGCAAUCUGUAUCCCAUUAUAUAAAGAUACUAGAAGUGAGGACUCUACACGUAGAUUGUUCAAAUUCCCUUUUCUGUGGAAUAAUAAGACUUCAAAUCUACAUUAUCUUCUUUUUACUAUUUUAGAAGAUUCAAUUUAUAAAAUGUGCAUCUUAAGGAGACAUACUGAUAUUUCCCAAUCUGUAAGCAAUGGACUAAUUGCUAUUAAAUUUGGGAGCUUCACAUAUGCCACAACUGAGAAAGUGAGGAGAAGCACCUACAGCUGUCUAGAUGCACAGUUUUAUGAUGAUGAAACUGUGACGGUGGUUCUUAAGGACACUGUAGGACGUGAAGGAAGAGACAGACUCUUGGUCCAGUUGCCAUUGUCUUCAGUGUAUAACUGUGAAGAUUCUGCAGAAUUUCAGUUCACUGGGAAUUACUCUACAAGGCUAGAUGAACAGUGUGGUGCUAUCCCUACACGUACCAUGCAUUUCGAGAAGCAUUGGAGAUUACUGGAAAGUAUGAAAGCGCAGUAUGUUGCUGGGAAUGGUUUUCGAAAGGUGUCCUGUGUGUUAAGCUCAAAUCUCCGUCAUGUGAGAGUGUUUGAAAUGGACAUCGAUGAUGAAUGGGAGCUGGAUGAGUCUUCAGACGACGACGAGGAGGCCAGCAAUAAGCCUGUAAAAAUCAAGGAAGAAGUGUUGUCCGAGUCGGAGGCAGAGAGCCAACCAGCUGGUGCUGCUGCUUCAGCGCCGGAGGUAGUCAUCAAAGUGGAGAAACUGGACCCAGAGCUGGACUCCUAGUCUCGGUGCCAUUUUUUCGUAUGUUCUCAUUGUGUCAGAAAGGACACAGGAGACGGGCUCAGACGUCUUGAACCACUUUUAAUUCUCUUUGUGUAACAAAGAAAUAAACAGCAAUUUUUAUCCUCA